AUGGUUGUCUUUGUACCGCCCAUCACGAGCCCGACGGCCGACACGAAGUGGGUGUCCGGUGCCGCCGCUACUGUCACUUGGGAUGCAUCCAACGCGCCUGAGCAGAUCUCCAAUGGCAGCUCCGUCGUCCUCAAGCGAGCGGGGAAGAUCCUCGCAACCCUUGCCGAAGGCUUUGACCUCAAGUGUGGGUCCGUCGAAGUUACCGUUCCCGCUGGUCUUGAGACCGCGAAGGACUACUGUAUCACUCUGUUCGGCGAUAGUGGCAACAUGUCGUCCGAGUUUGAGAUAUGUAGUGCUUGA